AUGGGGCCCUCCAGAACUGCGGUUUCACACUCACAGCGCAUCGCGCUGCGCCACUACUACCAAACGGCCAAUCCAAAGCCAACCCAGUCUGCUCUUCAGAUGUGGUUCAAAUCCCACUUCGGUCACGAAAUCAGUCAGUCCAUGGUCAGCCGAAGUCUAAGCGACAGCUUCGCUCAUCUUGACAUCUUUGCUCCAACCAGUCAGGUGGUGUCCGAAUUCCGUGUGCGAACCUGCCAAUGGCCUUGGCUAGACUUGUUGCUCUCCGACUGGCUGGAUGCAGUCGAGCGUCAGUCAGGCAAAGUAUCCAACGAUGUCAUCAAACGCAAAGCAAGGCAGAUUUGGAAAGAUUCGGACAAAUCUCAGGGUCUAGCGAUGCCAAAGUUUUCUACCGGCUGGGUUGCCAAGUUCAGGAAGAGACAUGAGAUUCGACACCGAUCUCGCCAAAAUCAACACUCUGUUUUAUUGGAGGAGCCAGACCAUUUCAUAAGCAAACAAGAUUCAUCAAAAUCACAAAGAGAGCCUAUGCACGCACCUCCGGGCACUGUUAUCGUUUUAUCCCCCCAAUCCAAGGCGGCGACAAGGCAUGUUUCGGCCAAUGGCACCAGCUCUCAUUCUCAACUCAACACAUCCACUACCCUCCCACUCUCCUCCGAUCAUCUCAUUCACCUCAUUCAACAUAACGUUCUUCGGGCGUUACUCUCCAAUAAGUCUCUUCUUCGUUCCGCAGCCUCUUUCUUGAAAGGAGCGAACUCUGUCGCCUAUGGCAACGAGUCUACCACUCAACUUUGUGGUGGCCUGACAGUUGUCCGCCCUCUUCCUAACCAAAAUAUACCCGAUACACUAUACCCAACAAUAUUACAGAUGAACUGCGUUCAUACGAGCUGGAUUGAUAUGUUUCCAUUCCCGAGGUUUCGGGAUAAUCUCAUCAAGAAAGGGUCGGGCUUUGUUCUUGAGAAGAUGCGUCAAGACCUCUGUGGUGAUAUAUUUCCGGACUUUAUCUCACCCAGCCCAGCAAACUCAACGGUGCCGUCAGCUGCUGCCACUAGAGGUGCCCAUGGCCCGGAAUUUGAACAGCCCGACGAUUACACUGCGGGACGCCGAUGUCUGAUCAAUUGGGGUGAGCCGUGGAAAGUCGAAAGCUGGGAAGCCACACCCGGAUUUUUGGAGAAUUGGGGAUGGGCCUUGGAAGGUUGCGAUGAUCUAAUACAAGCAAGCAAUCGAUGGCGUAUAGCAAGAAACGAGGAGCCCCUAAGACUAUAA